CGGACGAAAAGAGCUGUCAAAAAAAGGAGUGAAAAAGUUUUGCAGCUUGUGCGUGAAUUUUUUGUUCUAUUUUCGUUCCGCCUUUCCGAGCUCGGGGAAAAACUUUAAAAUAUGAGCCCAAAACAAUCGAACGGAGCAUACUAGCAUGCAGGACAAGUAGUUGGCACAAAAGCACGCCCGGUAAACGCACACAAAACUCCCUCCGGUAAGAUUGUUCCGUCGUCGCCACUUGCAACACCCGUCCAGCAGCAACUUGCCGAAAAAAGCAAAGAAAAAAAAACGGUAAUCCUCCAUCGCGGAAAAGCGCAACCUUCCCCACCGCAGACGUGUCCACACGCGCCAACAUGGACAUUCGCCAGAUCGAGGAAGCGGUCCUGUCGUUUUACCGCAGUGGGACCCAGCAGCAGGAGGACACGCACCAGUGGCUGCAGAAGAUCCAGGAAAGUCAACAGGCGUGGUCCUUUUGCUGGCAACUGAUGCAGCUGGACCGGCCGUCGGAGGUGCAGUUCUUCGGCGCGAUCACGCUGCACUCGAAGCUUACGAAGCACUGGGCCGAGGUGCCGAAGGAGGCCCACGGCGAGUUCAAGCAGAAGCUGCUCGAGAGCAUCGUCAUGUUCGGCAACGGGCCGAAGAUUGUGCUCAGCCAGUUGUGCAUUUCGCUCAGCGUCUUCAUCGUCCACAUGCUGGAGCACCCGACGGUCAUCGAGGAGGUGACGGGGAUGUUCCUGAACGAGCAGCUCGGCGCGCUGUCCAAAACGUGCCAGCUGGAGAUUCUGAUGUCGGUGCUCGAGGGCAUCCCGGACGAGGCCGAUUCCGUCCACACGCAGAUCCCCCGGGCGAUGGUCCGCGAGGAGCUGAACAAGAAGGCCGGCUUUGCGACCGGAACGGUGAUUAACUACCUGAGCGAGAAGUUGAACGCCGGUCGGUUGGAGGAGAGCGAGAUGACUGUGCUGAUCAACGCUACAAAGUGUUUGGCGACCUGGUUGAAGUACGGCAAUGUGCGGUUGGACGAGUGCGACACGAUGGUGCAGGUGUUGCUGAAGUUGAUUCACUAUUGUUACUGGAAGGAGCCGAAGGAGGACGGGUGUUUGUCGCAGGAGGACAGCGAUUUGGCGGAGACGGCGGUGAAGGUGUUGGUGAAGGUGAUGAGUUCGCAGAACUGCAACGGGUACAAAUAUUCCGCGACCGUGAUACGGUUCAUGGUGUUGUUUCUGGACGUGUUGGGUCCGAUUUUGGACGUUGAGUGGAAGGAGAACAACGAGAAUGAGAAUUUGGCGUUUGUGAUUUAUACGCUGUUUUUGACGACGUUGGAGUGCUACUCGUCGGUGAUCUUUGCUGGGAUUUUGACGGACAAUGAAGAGCUGACGAAGGUUUACGGGAGGACGGUUGAUUUGUUGGUCAAGUGUACGGACAAGCCGGGGACGUAUCCGGUGGACGAAUCGUGCAGCACGCUGGCGAUGGAGUUUUGGUACAUGCUGCAGGACGAGGUUUUCUCGAUGCCAAAUGACGAUCACAAGACCAAGUGCUGGGAUGCGAUCAAGCCGGUGUAUGCGCACAUCUUGAAGGUGUUGAUCCGGAAAAGUCAGUUGCCAAACGACAAAGCGCUGCCCAAGUGGAACUCGGACGAUCUGGAGACGUUCCGAUGCUACAGGCAAGAUAUUGGCGAUACUUUGCUCUCUUGUCACGACGUGUUGAACGAUCUGAUGUUGGACGUGUUGUCAGAAGCGUUGGACGAGUCGAUACUGUACCUAAACUAUGACCCACAGAACACGGACAGUUGGCCCCUGCUGGAGGCGACGAUCCACGCGUACUGCUCGAUCGCACAGAAGAUCGAGUACGCCGAAUAUCCUCAGAUCGUAAAGUUGCUCAAAGUCCUGAACGACAUCCCGUACGACAAGUACAGCGAUAAGCUGCUCGGCAUGGCGCUGGAGACGGCCGGCGCGUACAGCGAUUGGAUCAGCGACAACCCAAAGUACCUGCCGUCGGCGAUCGAGCUGCUCGUCAAAGGGCUCAGCUCAACGCAAGCAUCACAGGCCACCCUUGGCCUCAAAGAUCUUACCUCCGAGUGUCAAAAAGAGAUGGCCCCGUUCGCGCUUCCCCUCCUGGACGCAUGUCGGGCCGCCCUCCAGGGUGGACACCUCAAAAACUCCGAAAUGAUCCGGCUCAUGUACACCGUUGGCAACAUCAUGAGCGUCAUCUCGUACGAAAACAUCAUCCAAUACCUGGACGUUAUGGUAUCGCCCUGCUUCGCCGAACUUCAAAUGACCGUCCAAAACCAGGACAAAAGCGACGCCGCCAAAAGUCGCAUCAUCCUGCGGCUCGAGAUGAUCUCGAAGCUCUUCUCCUCACUCAACACACGAAAACCCUCCGAAAAGGACGGCGACGACCUUUCCGCCACCGUCGGUCGAGGCCAACCAACGGCUGCGGCUGCCGCCGCCGCCGCUCCACCUCAACCACAACCCGUCCAACCGAUUUUGCUCAUCCUGGAGAAGACGAUGGGCCUGCUCAAAACCCUGUGCGAACAGUGGAUCCACGACGAGAGCGUCAUCGAGACGCUGUGCAAGGCGCUCCAGCAGGCGCUCACCAACCUCAUGGACGACAUCAAGCCCCUGCUGAACGACAUGUGCUGCCUGAUACUGCACAUCUUUGCCAACAAGUGCGCCCCGUCGGCGGUCGAAAUGGCCGGGAAUUUUAUACUGAUAUUCUACAAUGACCCGCAGAGCCGAGACAGCAUGAAGCAGCUGUUCAACGCCAUUCUAGAGUACAACUUUGGCCAAAUGCAGCAAUACGACGAGCAGCAGAAGCUGUCGGACGUGGCCGACCUGAUCGAAACGUUCUACAUGUUCAACACGCGCAUCACCAAGAAGAUGCCGGUUUGCUACGGCGAGGUGCAGGCCGACUGUACGCGGCUCGUGGAAUACGCCAUGAAAGCCAUGAUGCUGCCGGAGACGGGCCCGAUCAAGAAGAGUGUCGGCUUCCUGACCGUAUUCAUCAAGGAGUCCCGCAACUGUCCCCGGAUGAUGAGCGCCGUCGCGGGCCAAGGAGAGAACAUCCUACGGAAUACGUUCCUGUGCUUGGGUGGUUACACUCCGCGAGCCCACGUAGACGUGUUUGCGGACAUCUUCCUAGCCCUGAACUACAAGUAUCCGAGCGACUAUGUCAGGUGGAUCAAGGUCCUUGAGAAGCCCAACUUUCCCACCUUUUUCGUCAGCCAAGCCGACAAGGAGCAGUUUGUGAAGAAGGUUCUAAAGGAAAAGGUCAACCGGCGGCUCGUCCAGGAGCACGUGCGCAAGUUUGCGGCCCAGUGCCGGAACGCGGUCGAGUGGGAGAUUGACUUUAGGACGAGCAGCUAGACCUGGUUGGAUUAGAGUGCGGCAGCAAACGUUUGACAGUACUAAAGAGAAAGAUGGCAGCAGAAUCUGCGUGCGGUUGCAGAGGUGGGUUCCCAGUUCGAUUGUGAUUUUAGCUUUUAGGUUCUGAUGACGUUGGCGAUGAGCUAGCAAAGUGUGAGUACUUUUCCACUUCCUUCCCCCCCUCCCCAUUUCGUGUAUCUGUUUUGUGAGGGAAACGAACCACAGCUAAGAAGGUUCGUUGCCAGUGCCCUCCCGUAGACUCUGUCUAGUGUUUAAGAGAAAGAGAGUUUAGGAGAUGAUACGUAAAUUAUGGAUACUUCACUGAAUGUAUGUUUGAAAACAGCAGAAUGACGAAACACAGUUUUAUUUUAUCAAAAAGA